AUGUCGGCUCCUGCACUUGCACCUCAACCACCUGCCGCAGGCCCAUCCGAUGCCUCGAGAGGCGCACGAGGACGGCGGCGACCACGAGGCCGAAAUACAAACGCGAACACGGCUGCACAGUCAGAGCAAACAGAGCAAACACAGGCGCAAGCAGCACAGCAGCCACAGAGGGGCGGCGGGCGCGGUGGUAGAGGACGAGGGCGAGGAGGUCAGGCCGACAGUGGACGACCGUCGCAACCAAAUGCAGCUGCCCUCGAAUUUGUGCCCUCAUCCGUGCAACAAGCAGCGCAUCGAGGUGGAAGAGGCGGACGUGGCGGUGCGCGGGGUGGCCGAGCAAGAGGCGGCGCAGAGCGGUUUCCACAGCGUAUGGCUGCUGGCGGCCGUCAAUUCGGUGGACAGUUGACUGUAGAGGACGAUGCGGCUUCUGCCAUCUCAGAAGCUCCGCCAGGACUACAAGCAGAUGCGCCAGCUUUCCAGCCAGGCCAACCCAUCGCCCCUCGCAAAUCACGACCGCCGCGCCAGAAGCAGCCGCAAGCACCCAAAUCCACCGCGCCUGACAUCGCCACCAGGACACACGAGGAUAUCGAUAAUGGUCAUUACGAAUGUGCCAUUUGCACUGAAGACGUCACAAGGCGUUCACGGGGGAACAUGCUGGACCGUGUUCCACCUGGGCUGCAUCAAGAAGUGGUCAACAAAUGA